AUGGAGACGAUACCAAUAAAGACGUGCCCGCCAUGGGACACCUAUGAGAUCAUCUACGCUCUGCACCUUGGAGACAACGGCCCCGUGGUCGUUGCAGAAAGAAUUGGAAUAUCGUUCGACGUCGUCGACAUUGGGUGCUUUGCGGCACUUGGGGACGAUCAGAUAGGAAUGCUGAAGACCAUUCAACAUCCGAAUUUCGUCACGGUGCACGAGAUAUACCGCAUGGAAGACAACUGUUAUGUAGCGUACGAGCAUAUGCCCCGAUCUCUGGAAGAAGUAGCGGGAAACCCUUAUCUCAACAGUGACAGGCUUGCCGCUAUUGUAGGACAAAUCGUUACAGCAUUGGGAUAUCUCGAACAGAAAGGACUGCAACACGGGCAUCUGACUACUUCUCGAAUCCUUCUGCACCCCAGUGGCAAAGUCAAGCUCGGCAACCAGGAAGAUUGCACGGUGAAGGUUUCGACCAAAGACAUUAGAGAUGUCGGAUUCAUUAUGAUGGAGUUAAUGGAAGGCGACGCCAAGGAUGGCACGACCAUCGGUCUCGAUAAUCCUGAUCGCUGGCACGAGAAUGCCGUCGGGUUUCUCAGCGCAACAACAUCGGCGUCGUCCGUCCGAGAGCUGCUCGAGCACCCAUUCCUUCGUUCAUGGCAGAAGGAGAGGCUCAAAGGAUUAACGUCGUUCGUGAUGGCUUGGACCAGACCAGACUACGAGUAUCUAGGGUGGCGAAACAAGCAGUAG